CGGGACGCUUUACAUUGCAGCGUCAGGAAAGCAGCGAGUGGGUGAGUGAGGAAAAAAGUCGUCUUUUUCCCUCAAUAACUCUACGAAAAUGACACGGCUCUGUAUCUGUAAGAUGUGCAGUUGUGGCCGUCACCGUUGCACACACCAGCCCACGGCACUUUACAAGAAAGCAACUCAGACCAAUGUGUUGUCAGAGUACUCGGAGAAGUAUCCUGCCUAUAAAGGUCACACUCGUCCCAAGAGCAUCAAGCCCCAACUGCAGUAUAAAGCUCACCAGGGCACUAUGGACGGAACAACAACCUUCAGGAUGGACUAUAUCCCAUAUCCGGUCACCCGUCGUCCUGGGAGGCAGCAGGCCGAAUACAAACGCAGGCCUGGAGAGAUCGACUUACCCACCAUACCCACCUAUGCAGAGGAUUUUCGUCCGUGGGAGAUCAGCAGACGGGAAUUAACUAAGCCUGACACAACGUAUCAACCUCCUACAGCAAAGUUUGGGAAUUCCACCACAUUCCAGGAUGAUUUCAUUCACCGAGGCCUUGUGCCACCACGUGAGAGUUUCAAGCCCUCAAACAAAGCCAAGCUAUCCGAUGCUCCUUUUGAAAACAUGACCAGCAACAAGUUCACAUAUGUACCACACGCUCUAGAAGCCCGUUACACUAAACCGCCAGAAGAGUACAAACCCAGUAAUGGUCCUUUCCAGGACCUAACUACCCACCGACAGGACUUCCAAGGCCUGCCGAGUCAGCUGACCAAAAGCUGCAAGCCCGUGCCGCUCAAAGUGACCUCCAGCAAGCCCUUCCAGAGCAGCACAGAAUUCCGGGAAAAUUUCCAGCAGUGGCCCGUCUCCUUCCGGCAGGUGCAGAAGUCGGUGGAGUACACCAGUCCCACGACACACAUGGACCUGACAACCACCUCGCACACCGACUACAUCAAGCACCAAAUCCAACCCUUCCUUUCCGCCAAACCUUUCUCUCUUCCCAUCAAGUCUUCCAAGCCCUUCCAGGGCAACACCACCAUGAAGGACGACUUCCAGCCGUGGGUGGCCCAACGUCAAAGCGUGAUCCGGAAGCCAGAGGAAAUCCAGCGAGCCAGUGGGAAAAUGGAAGAUAUGACAACCUUCAGGGCCCAUUUUGUCCAGCAUGAAGCCCAGCCUAGUCUCAGCUUCAAACCCCAAAAUGCACCACUGCGGACUGAUGUUCCCCUACAGAACGAGACCAUGUACCGCACGGAGUUCACGCCCAAGAGGAUCAGCGUGUGUCCGGCCAGUUUCGAGUCACCACCAGGGUUUGUUUUCGAUAAUUGCGAUGAUCAAGGACACCGUUUCUUCCGCAAGAUGUCGUCCACUGACAGGAUCGAGACUCCGAAGGAAAUGGUCUUGACUGCUUAAGAAAAAUAUAUAAAAGAUGGCAAACUAGAAUGCAA